AUGUAUAAGGUGCUGACGCCUAUAUAUGCACCUAAACCAAGCACAAAUGAAAUGAAAGACAUUAUUAAUGGCUUUGAAACAAUCUGGGGCGGUAGCAUUGAUGGAUGUCAUAUUCCAAUUUUACCACCAACAGAAUAUCACACAGAUUUCUAUAACUGGAAGCAGUGGCACAGUGUUUUACUACAAGCAGUAGUUGACUACAGAUAUCGCUUCAUCGAUUUUGAUGUUGGUUGGCCGGGAAAAUACCACGAUGCAUGGGUUUUUGAGCAUUCACAAAUAGGUCGUACCAUAGCUCAGGGUAGAUUCUACCCAGAGUUAACCAAACAAAUUGAUGGUGUAGAUGUACCUGUUGUUCUUGUUGGUGAUGCAGCAUAUGCUCUGUCUAAAAACAGGAUGAAACCAUAUCCGGAGGCAAAACUCACCCCUGACCAACGAGCAUUCAACUUCAUACAAAGUAGAAGCAGAAUGGUUGUAGAAAAUGCAUUUGGCAGAUUAAAAAAUCGAUGGCGUUGCCUUAUAAAACGCAACGACAGCAAAACCUCUAAUCUGCAAUACAUAAUAUGUGCAUUCAUUUUACUGCACAACUUCUGUGAAGCAUGGGGUGAUCCUGUUCCUCAAGAUGAUGAAGAUGAACCAGAAAAUUACAUUCAACCUCCAGUUGUACAGUACCUGUAG